AUUACUCUUAUAGAAUGCCACCGGAAUGUAACAUGACACUGAUCAUAUGGCAACUCCUUAUAUGGACAUCACGUGACUGGUAACUUGAGCACGUGACUGGUAACUUGAGCACGUGACUGGUAACGCCACUGAAUGGUAGUCCAGACUCCUGACCAGCUUUUUGAUUGCUUCGUCGCUGCUAAAAAUCAAGAGGACGUUUUCGAAUACUUCAAUGAAAUAAAACAACACGUAUUACAAGAAUGUGGUUCAGACCUCUCCUCCACCCGCUCUAUAAACCUCUACCACAAACUGAAACAGAGCCUCAGAUCCUGGCGCGCUCAGUCUAUCUGGAAGAUUCUAGACGAGCGUGUUGACCACGUGGUGUACCAGGGAAAUGUACUGUCGGAGGGGAGGAGGACAUUGGUUAUUGGGGCCGGACCUAUUGGACUUAGGAUGGCUAUUGAGUGUGCUUUUCUGGGUGGUGAGACCCACGUGAUUGAGAAGAGAUCCUCAGCAACAAGGAACAACAUUCUCCACUUAUGGCCCUUUACUAUUGACGACCUGCGGAGAUUGGGAGCUAAGAAGUUCUAUGGGCAGUUCUGUGCUGGGGCUAUUGACCAUAUUAGUAUACGACAGUUACAGCUAAUCCUACUAAAGAUCUGCUGUUUGCUUGGUGUGCAGAUCCACGUAGGAGUAGAGUUCAGGGGGGUCGAGGAGCCCACUAUUGAUAAAUCUGGGAACUGCACUGGUUGGGGUAUCCAUGUAGUGCCUCACCCUCCACUCUUACCUAAGUGGAGGUGGGACGCAAUGGUACAAGCAUCAGGGAGACAACAUGUUCUACCUCUCUUUCAGUACAAAGAGUUCAGAGGCCAGCAAGCUAUCGGAAUGACAGUAAACUUUGUUAAUCGCAGCACAAUGGAAGAAUUAACCAUCGAGGAAAUCAGUGGGAUAGCUUUCAUUUACAAUCAGGAGUUCUUUAACGAAAUGUACGCCGAGCUGGGAAUCUCAUUGGAGAACAUCGUGUACUACAAAGACGAGACUCACUACUUUGUUAUGAGUACCAAAAAACAUUCUCUGCUGGAUAAAAAAGUUCUUAAAAAGGACUACUCGACAACCUCCGAACUGCUGUCGCCCGAUAACAUUGACUAUGUCAGAGCGCAGACUUUCGCUAGGGAAGUGGCAGGGUUCGCUACAAACCUCCCAGUACUAGAGUUCAAGAAGAACCACCACGGCAAAGCUGACAUUGCAAUAUUCGACUUCUCAGCCAUCAAACAAGCAGCCAACUCCACUUUAGUCCUAGAGAGAAAGGGACACAAGUUGGUUAUGAGUCUAGUGGGUGACUCUCUGUUAGAGCCAUUCUGGCCUCAGGGUACUGGGUGUGCUAGAGGCUUCCUCUCUGUAGCUAACACCGCCUGGAUGUUGAAGAAAGUGUUUCAAGGAGUUCAGACGUACGAAGUUCUCCAGGAACGAGAGAGUUUGUUCAAGCUCCUAGCACAAACCACCCCCAUGCAACUCGACUCAAAAUACGAUAAAUAUACUAUCGAUCCUAAUACCAGGUACAAGCACUGGGCUGUGUCAGCAGAACAGUUUGAAGUGUUUCAUCUCUACAACAGAGAGGACACACCUAUAGUUAACAGCUACCAGGGAAGCACAGUAGCUGUAAACACCCGGACCCCUUCUGACGUCAGAAGUAAAAGAAGGACAAGAGAAGACAGGAGGAAGACUAUUCAAGUUACAGUCAACAGGAGUUACUCUAAAGAGGCAGAGGAGAGAGAAGCCAAUUCCCCCACCACGCCCACCCUGGAGCAAGGUUCCCUGCUGAACUGGGCGCGCGAGAGCACGUGUGGAUAUCGAGGAGUGCGCGUCACCAACCUGACUACCACGUGGAAGAGUGGUCUAGCGUUCAGUGCACUCAUACACCGCUACAGACCUGACCUCCUGAAUUUCACAGCUGUCUCCACGAAAUGCCCCGAAGUAAUCCUAAAAACAGUAUUUGACACGACAUCCAGAGAGUUCGGGAUCAGAUCCCUGUUUACUGCGAAGGAGCUGGCGAGCACGAGUAUACCUGACCGUCAGAAGAUAGUUCAGUAUCUUGCUGCACUUCAUUGUCACUUCACCAGUGAGGCUACCAAGAGUUUGCAGAUAUCCCCAGACAUGUGCUACUUCUGUUCCCGUCACAUCACCCCCGAACAGCUCACCUCCUCACACGGUAUUAAGUUCCACUCCAGUUGUCUCAAGUGUGAGCACUGCUUGGACAAAAUCAGUCUGAACAGUUUACAUUAUGUGGACGAGAAAAUGGCGGGAGAGUUCGCUCAACGCAGAAAACCAGGCUACCCAGAUUGCAAGAGUGGUUUCUACUGCAAAUUCCACUUCAAGGAGUACUUUGCAAGUAAAAGCGAUUCUCUCUACCCUAAAAACUGGUUAGAGAACAAAGAACUAGAACUGAUCUCCUCUUCCACAGACCCUCUCUCCUCCACCACAGAACCACAACCUCACAGUGACAGCGAAGAACCUGUAGUUCCCAGAGAUCACUCCCACGAGCUGAGGCGCGCUAAAAGCGCUGCUUCAGUCAGGAACCUCAGGGAUAUGUUUGAGAGCAUAUCUACGGGAACAUCACAAUCAGAUCUUGUUCCUGUAAACAAGGAAGAAGAGGAGGAGGAGGAGAAGACAAAAGAGAAGCUGCCUAAUGGGCAUCUGACACUAGCUUCUAAAUCAAAGAGCUUCUCCGGAGCACUACCGAUUAGGAGAGACGACCAAAUUGAGGAUAAUAGAAAUGGAGUUUUAUCUCCAACCAUUUGCUCCAAACCUAAAAACGGGAAAAAGAAGAAAUCUGGAAUAGCUAAGAAGAUUGAGCGGAGGAUGGGCUCAGUGAGAUCUUCCAAAGCUAAUUCUAACAAAACCGAAAGUGACGUGUUGAUAGGACCCGGAGUUGAUCAGUCUCUUCUCAGUGACUCCUUUGUCAUCAACCAUAAGAAGAAGAGUAGGUUUAAAUUAUUUAAAAAGAAGAAAAUGUCGGGCAGUAACCCUCCCAGUCCCCUCCUCACCAGUGCGAGUGAGUCAAACCUCGACGAGACUGCCAGCCUCAUCAUCACAAAUAAACCCGAGCCCCUUACAGAGGCUGAGAGCUUAUCCUUGAGACAACCUGUCCCAGGAAAAGACCCACUUUACACGAUUGCUAACCCCGAAUACAAAGCAGAAUCAGACAGUCUCUCUGACACCACCUCCACCUCCUCCUUCGUCAGGAACAGUCUCACACGCAGGACUUGUCCUCCCAACAUGCACAAGAGCAUGAUGGACAGCACAGCAGAGGAUCUGGUGGUGGACAGUAACUCUUGUAGAAGGGUCCCCAGUAAAGUGAUCCAGAAUCUCUCCCGGGAAGCAGUCGUGCUCCAGACUAACAGCCCUGAAGCCAGAUCCUUGCUCAGGAACUCUUUCAGGAACAGCAAGCGAGGCUCAAUUGCUGGCUCAAUUAAACAGAGCUUAGAUUUCGAAGAAGAUGAUGUCAGUAUGCCGGGUACUCCAAAGUCUUCUAAAGUGCAGAUAUCCCGGGCAUCCUCCCAACAAGCUCUUGUUAAUCCUUCAGCUGAUGUGCCUGUUUCAGAAGCUCAUGUUAUUUCUAAAGCUUUCUACUCGCCCAAACCUAAACGUGCUCAGAAAGUGAAACUGGACAGUGUGGAAAUGAUGGAUGUUCCGGGGACUAACCUAGUUGCUUCAGAGGCUACGGUUGUUCACAGAACUUCUUGCUCUCCAUUACCUCAACGUUCUAAGAAGGUUAGGUUGUCUAUGUGCCGCAGAUCACCAUUGAACAUGAGUUUAGAGUUCUCGUCUGAUGAUGAGGAGACGCCUCCAAGACGUCCAGAACUUCCUAGAAACUUGGAUUUAAUCUUGAGUGCCAAACCCAAACCCUCCUUGGAGAAUGGAUACAAAAAAGAUGUCAUAGAAACUGAUUCAGUUCCAAUUCUGCCGUUGCAGAAAGUUUCGUCCGCUUCCUCCGUAUCAGCACCAUCAAUAUCUUGUGUAAUCCCAAGUCAGUCAGACGAUCUCAACACAGAUAACCUCGCACUCUCCUUGAAAUCUGAUGGAAGUGAAGGAAACUCAAAGAGUCAGCUCCUCUCAAACUCGCUCACAAUUUCCGAAUCAUCCUACUCUUCCUCCGCUGACGUUUUUGAAACCAAAGCUGGUUCUAAUUACUACAGAACAUUCAUGUACGCUAAGAGAAUAGCGGUGGAUCCCCAACAGAAACGGGCAAGUUUGGGCCAGUCCUUUGACAGUUCAGAAUACCACACCCCAGGUACUCACCGGAGCACUCUAACUAGCCCUAGCGAGGAAACAUUCCACACUCCUAACGGAUCGUUUGAGAACCACAGAAGAGUAUCUGCUCCCUCUAUGUCUGUUCCUGCUAAACGACCCUCCGAUACAGUCGACAACUGCUCUUCCAAGCGGUCCUCUAUUGAACUGGAGGAUAUUGCUGACAAAGUUUCGGAAAAUAUUGAAGAAAUGUUCAAAGCAACUGCUAGAUUAUCGUCGGUUCCAAGAACCAGUGAAGACGAACCAUCUUUGCAAACACCGACAAAGUCUGUACCGGUGGAGAAACUGACGACUCGUAAAUCGGAGCCGGUGCUCAGUAACAAGGCAAACAGAGUUCUUAAUGAAAAUAUGUCCCCCAAAGAUCACUCCUCAAUCAACAAGAUUCUAGAAAAAUAUAGAAGAAUACCCACCUCCCCCACUUCAGAAACAACAAAAAGUAGAACAGUCCAAUCUAUGCGAGAUAAGCCCAAAAGGUCCAUCUCAGAACGACAAGCUAAACUUUCAGCUAAUGCAGAGCGACGCUCCUCCUCCUCUGCAAACCCGCAUCAGCGAGUAAAAGUAAUCCAUCAACUCUCCAACUCUUUUGACAAAACAAUAGACCGCCUUGUCAACAAGUACUACCCUAAGAGAGAUAGUUCUAGAAACUCCCCCCGUAGUGAAGUCAGCAAAGAAGUUGACUUAAACAGAUCACUGAGUACACCCACAAAAGAUGCUCCAUCAAAAGACAAGAAAACGCCUGCGUCAGCAACUAAAGAUGUCCAGAGAUGUACAAGCAUGGAGUCACCUCGGAGGGCUACCAACUACGAAGAUGUUAAACGACACCCCAGCACUCCUUCUCGGUAUUACAGUUACAAAUCAAGAUCCAGCACAUCUGCUGACGAUAAAUCAGGUGACAAUGAACCCACCCCACAAAACCGCAUCAAAAAAUCCGCGCUUCACAGUGGUAUGAGGUCUAGAGAGUCCAGUGGGAGUAGCAGCACAUUCUCACGAGAUAGCACAAAACAAACUAAAGUUGAGAAAAUGGACAUCGCAAACAUUAACGAGUCGAAGAAAGAGGUGUUCCUACCCAAGACAGAAGCGUCCACACCUAAGACAGAAGCACCCACACCCAAGAAUGAAGCGUUGCCACCUAGGACAGAAGCGCUGCCACCAAGGACACCAACAAGAUCCACACCAAACACGCGAGGAUCAGUAACACGCGAGACAUCGCUAAACAGUCCUUCUAAAGGUAACAACAAGAACACCCCAAUCAAGGGAACACCCAAACCGAGGAGUGCCCCUCUGAGAAGUGCUUCCACGCACGGCUCAUUCCGCUCCUUUAAUGCAGAUAAACUGCGGUACACUGACUCUAGACGUGCUCAGAGUCAGAAUACUGUUCCGUGUGACUGCAGAACUGCUGUACACGCGCCCACGUGCAAGAGGGUGCGCGGCGCGGGUGAGAAGAACGAACAUGAAGGUAAAGAAAAGGAUGAUCUGGAGAACAUUGCGUACAUAGAGUUAUCAGACACUGAGCGGUUAAAGCAUUGGGGCAAGACGGAUUACAGUAAAUACCUGAAAUCUCUGCGGUAUCAGGGCAGUACGAUAACCAGAUCGAGUAGUUUCAACGUCAAAGACACUGUUAAAGCUUUUCAGCGGAAAGAAACUGAUGUUUGAACAGUUUAAGAAGACGAUGUAAAACUAAAAAGCUCAGAAUACGCCAACAACCUUAUCCAAAGAUCAGACGAGAGAGAGAGAGAAUUAUGUCACCGAUUUUAUGAAAAAUAAAAAUGAGCUAAAAUAACAAGUCAGUGGGGAACAUAAACGUUAAUAUUCAGAAAAGUUGGACGGGUUGUUUUAAUUUCAGUGUGUUAUAUUAAUAUAUGUGAAUCGUUAUUUUUCGUUUGUUAGGAAACAGAAAGUUAUAAUUUUGGUAAAUUUUGUUGAGCUCGAUUCUUGGAUUCGAGCCAACCGACCCAUGUUUACCAAUGAUUAAUAUUUCGUGCUAUAUUUAUAUAUAUAGCUGAUAUUUAACGUGACCUUCUAUGCGGCUAUUGUUGCUUAAACUUUAACAAUCAAAUGUAAAGAUAUAAUAUAUGCAUUAUAAGUUAUUUAUACCCAUAAGUUGUACCUAAUUUUAUGGCACAUGCACAUAAUCAAUAUCAGUACAAAGAUUUAAUUGAAAAAUAAUUUAUACAUGAAAAGAUGCUUUUAUAAGUUUACGUGCUUUAUUCGUAAGAG